AUGGCCUGGUCUGAACGAAAUCAGCCGACCGAGGUCCAGGCCGAUGCGUACCGAUGGCGAGACCAUCAAGGCCUGGGCAGCCGUCUCAUGCGCCCUGGCCGUGGCAUGUACCACGAUGUCCGCCGCAGACUCCCAUAUUAUUGGAGUGACCUCAAAGAUGGGUUCACCUACCGUGUCUUUGCCGGAACCAUUCGUAUCUUUUUUGUCAACUUGUUGCCUGCCCUCGCCUUCCAACUGGACAUGCAGUACAAUACGGACGGAUUCUUUGGUGUCAACGAAGCCCUUCUCUCUUCAGCUCUUGCUGCCAUUGUCUUUAGCCUCCUUUCUUGUCAACCGUUGACUGUCGUCGGGGUGACGGGGCUCAUCUCUUUGUUCAACUAUACGAUCUAUGAUAUCGUUAAAAUCUACAAUGCCACACUUUACCCUCACUUUCUGGUCUGGGUCGGCAUCUGGGCUGCAAUUUUCCAUUGGGCUACCGCAAUCUUCAAUCUUUGCGACUAUAUGCGCACCAUCACCGAUUUUUCAUCUCAGACGUUUGGCCUCUAUGUGGGCACUGUGUACGUCAUCAAGGGCUGUGAAGAGCUCAGCAUUGGGUUUGAAAACGAGAACAUCUCGAACGGCGUUGCCUCGGCGUUGGUGGCAAUUCUAUACUUCCUCACGGUCUAUCUGCUGGAGCAAGUGGGCCAAACAACCUAUACACGCGGGUGGCUGCGCACAAUCCUUUCUGACUAUGCCUAUCCCUUGGCUACGAUCUGGUGGACUGGUUUCACCCACUUUCCAGGGAAUCUAGCCAAUGUGCACUUCGAAUACCUCCCCACUACACGUACUUUCUCUCCGACGAUCGAUAGACCGUGGGUGGUGGAUUUCUGGACGUUGUCGGUGGACUGGGUCUUUAUUGCUGCCCCAUUCGGCUUCCUGAUGACACUCCUGUUCUACUAUGACCAUAAUGUCUCCUCCUUGACGGCUCAGGCUCGCAACUUCCCCUUGCAGAAGCCGGCAGGGUUUCACUGGGACUUCUUCCUUUUGGGGUGUACCUGUUUUGUCGGUGGCAUACUUAACAUACCACUCCCCAACGGUCUUGUCCCACAGGCACCCGUGCACACCGAUUCCCUCACGUAUUACAAGGACGAGCCUUAUGUCAUCGAGACAAAAGACGAGACGGAGCCGACCAUCGUCCGGAAGGAAACUGUGGCUGAUCGUGUGGCGGAGCAGCGUAUCUCGCACUUUCUUAUGGGCUUGGCCCUCUUUGGAGCAAUGAGUGGCCCUCUAUUGACAGUUCUCUCCCUGAUCCCACGUGCCAUCAUUAGCGGCGUGUUUUUCACCGUUGGUAUGGGGAGUAUCUUGACGAACCCCAUAUUGACACAUAAGCUGGCCUUCCUUCUCCGAGAUCCACAGUUCCAACGUCCUUCAGAUCCGCUGAAUUCGGUACCGCGCCGCCAGAUUGGGCAUUAUCUCUUUUGGCAACUCCUCGGGUUCGCUUCCACAGUCGCCAUUAGCCAAACAAUUGCAGCCAUCGGAUUCCCUGUCUUGAUUGUGGCCUUGAUUCCACUUCGCUGGAAGGUUCUCCCUCAUCUCUUCACUCGCCAUGAACUGGAAGUUAUGGACUGCCUCACUGCCACUGGAGACGUGGUAUUGGCUUCACUGGGAGGGAAGCCGGAGAUGCCAGAGGCAAAGAUGGGGAGAACGAAACACCAGCGUCCUGACGACGAUAUCGAACCCGGAUUCGCAGGACUUGGGGGUGGAAUGAUUAGGGACGAGGAUGGCGACUUGGGAAGACGCGAGCGCGAAAAGAAUGCUCGACUCCUUCACGGCCUCGGUUACGAUGGCGGGGCCAUCACGAGAAGGAGAUCCAGCGUAGUGUCAGCAGAAGAUGCAGAAAGCCGUUCUCAGCGAUCAAGCGAUUAUAAUUUGGUUCGAAGAGGGGGACGUCGUGGUGGUCACAGUCGGACACGUACUGCCGAGCCCACCUUGCCGGGCAGGUCAUAUUCACUUCCAGGCCGCGUGUCGGGAGACAGCCAUGCUCGCAGAAGGACUGGGUCCAAUACAAGUGCGAGGGUGAGUGUGAACAGGGACGAAGGAUUUGUUGAGCUGAAAGAACUCAAAAGGACUCGGCUUUCUCACUCUCCUUCGGAAAACGCUGUCAUCGGAAAUGGCGAUGAGACUAAAUGCGAGUAG